ACAUAAACACAGCCAGCUAUUACCGUGCCUGCUCUGUGACUUGCUACUAGUCGCCGUCGUAUGCUCGCCUGCUGUCCUCGUUCGGUUCGCCGGCCUUUACGGAGGCCGCUCGCCAAUCGCGUGCUCACAUCAGUGGCUGCAUUUUCCCGUCUCGCCUCGUGUUCGCUGCUCCCUCAUUGCCGCUCUGCUCCACCCAAGUCCAUCCUCGCCGUUCAUCGUAGAGAACUCGGAUCUCCGGAUUCUUCUAAUUGUUUUUCGACCUUAAGCCAAUUGCUAGCCAUGAAUCGAUCGAUUCCCUCCGCUUCUCAACCACUGAUGAGUGUUCCCACCCCUGGUAGGUGUCUAUACAAGAUUAAUGGGAAUAUCUUCAGCGUUAAUCUCACGCCUCCGUGCAUACACGUCAGCUCGCGUGUCUCCGCCAGUCAGAAGGCGACACGUGGCAUCAGAAGCUUCGCUGCCGCUAGGUUGAAAGGUGUGCUAGAAGCUGAGUCGCACGACAGCAAUCAUGGCACAGGGGAAUCAGCCGGGGGCGUUCUAAUAUCGGAAGAAUCUUCAGACACGGUGCCUCUGCCUCAGAGUGUGGCGAUAGCGGGGGAAUCUGUAGACGUUGUGGUGCCUAGGAGCCAGGCCAAAUCCCGUCUCGAUGCGUUUCUGGCGGCACAGGGGGAGAGGAUCAGCCGUGCCAGGUGGCAGGACGCCAUUCGCGAAGGGACAGUGCUGGUGAAUGGCAGAGCCCAGAAGAAGCCAUCGUACGCAGUGAGGGAGGGCGACAGGGUGCAGGGCAGUCUCGCCCCGCCCAAGGCCCUGCAGGCGCUGGAGCCGUCCGCUGUUGCGCUGGACGUGGUGUACGAGGACGGGCACGUGGUGGUGGUCAAUAAGGCAGCUCACAUGGUGGUUCAUCCCGCCGCUGGCAACUGGCAAGGCACUCUCGUGAACGCCCUGCUGCACCACUACCAACUCCCUUCCUCCUCCUCCUCGCUUCCCUCCUCCUCCGACUUACUCUUGGAGGAGAGGGGAGAGGAGUCGUCUCAAGGCUGUGAAGAUGCUGGUUGGGAAGGGGAGGAUGAGGAGGAUGAGGAGGAGGAAGGGGAGGAAGAGGGGGGGGAGGGAAAGGAAGGGGAGGAGGUCGGGGAGGGGCUCGGAGCAGGGCCAUUAGCGAGAGUAGAUGUGCGCAUGGGCAUGACAGGGGGAGCGGAUGUGCGGCCAGGAAUCGUGCACAGAUUGGACAAGGGAACCAGCGGGCUGCUUGUCGUGGCAAAGGACUCCUUCAGCCAGGCGCACUUGAGUGCGCAGUUCAAGGCACGCACUGUUCACAGAAGCUACCUCUCUCUUGUCAUUGGCACGCCCGCACCGCACUCCGAUCGUGUGGACGCUCCCAUUGGCCGAGACCCCAAGGACCGAAAGCGCAUGGCUGUGCUGCCGAUGACUGGCUCCCACAGGAGCAGAAGAGCCGCCAGCAGGUACCGAGUGGUGGAGUCCCUUGCUGGAGGAGCAGCUGCUCUUGUGGAAUGGAGGCUGGAGACGGGCAGAACUCACCAGAUUAGAGUGCAUGCACGGUUUCUAGGCCAUCCAUUGAUCGGUGAUGAAACGUAUGGUGGAUCCAUACGCCACGUGUCAUCUCGCCUCCUGGCUUCCUUGCCCUCCUCAUCGCCUCUCCGCUCCUCUGUGGCUCAGUGGAUUGCUGGGCUGGAUCGGCCGCUGCUCCAUGCAGCCACACUCGGGUUUGUACACCCGGAAACACUCGAAUUUGUAACGUUUGAAGUACCACCUCCGUCCGAUUUCAUCAUGGCAUUGGGAUUGCUAAGAUCAUUGUGAUGUUUUGUUAACACUUUGACAUUCGGCUGAUCGUUUUAUGUCGUCAAAGUAGUCAGUAUUCUUCGAGUUCGUCUUACCUGAACCCAUAAAAGCCGUAUAACGCGAUUCUGUGGUCAACGCAGUCUCAGCACUGAUCGACGAAUCCUAGCUCUUGCCGCAUGCUGGUCCUACGAGAUUUUGGGGACAC